AUGGUCUUUGCCACGUCGCCAUCGUCCUUCUCCUCCCUCCGCCUGCCUAUCCUCCGGCUCGCAAAGUUGGGGACGGCCUACCCGAUCGAGGUCAUUGUCACCCUCUUCUGCGCAGCGACGCUCGUCUACUUCCAGCUCAUCAAGGUCGUCCGACACUCCGACUUCCUUCUCUACGACGACGAUGCCUUCCCUUCCGCCAACACUCUCAACCGCCACCCAUCCAUCUCGUUCGAGCCGUCAACCGGCCUGUGGACCUCUGUUUCCCCGUCUGAACCCGCACCCAUCGACACCGUCGAGCUCUGGCUCCGCCAGGUGAUUGUCGAAGUCCCGAACACGAUGGCCGUCGCGCGCAAGAACGAGGUCAAAGAGCUGCUCGAAGCCGACUCGCUCCUCGCCGAGCAAGGAAUCGAGGACUGCUACAAGGUCGCCGGCCAGUGCUGGAAAGUCCAGACUCAGCCCGCGCUCAACCUCACCGUCAAGUCGUUUGCGUUCGAGUCGCUCGUCGGCCCGACUCAGUUCUUUGCCAACUUCUCGACCCUCCCGCUCGAGACUGAGACCGUCGCGCUCGAGAAGGUGCGCAGGUCGCAGGGCAGGAAGCGCUACACGAGCUUCUUCAACCGCGGCCAGGACGACUUUGUAGUCGAGGGGUCGGACCAGCCCAGCGAGGACCGCAAGCGCGAGAUGGAGAGCGUUCACUGGGUGCUCUUUGCCGCCAAGGUAUUCGUUCUGCGCUUCUGGGGUCUCGCCAAGAAAGCCGACUCGGCCGACAUCUUCGUCAUGCUGAUCGCCUACGUCCUGAUGCACUCGACCUUCGUCUCGCUGUACCUCAACAUGCGCCGCCUCUCUCGGUCUCUCCGGCCCAAUUCGAACUCGCUCGGCUUCUGGCUCGCGACCCUCUCGCUCGCCUCGUCCUGCGUCGCAUUCAUGUUCGCCCUCCUCACAGCCUGGUACCUCGAGAUCUCGGUCAACCCCGUCCUCCUCGGCGAAGCCCUCCCCUUCCUCGUCAUCACCGUCGGAUUCGAGAAGCCCUUCGUCCUUACCCGUGCCGUCUUCUCGAACCCCGCGAUCGGUCCCGGAGGCGCCUACGCCGGUGCAGCAAGUCGCGGUACCUCGACGCCGUCGGGUAACGGCAAGCUCGUCACGCCUACCACGAACGCCUUCGGCCUGCGCUUCUCGCCCCCCGUCCCGGCACGCGACAUCGUCCUCUCGGCCGUCUCGAAGACGGGCGUCCCCAUCGUCCGCGACUAUGCGAUCGAGAUUGCUGUCCUCGUUCUCGGCGCCAUGAGCGGUGUGGCCGGCUUGCGCGAGUUCUGCCAGCUUGCGGCCGUCAUCCUCGUUUGGGACGCGAUCUGCCUCAUUGGCUUCUUUGUCGCCGUGCUUACGAUCAUGGUCGAGAUCCACCGCAUCAAGGUCGUCCGCCACUUCCGCCGCACCGACUCGUCCGCCGACCUCUCCCGCCUGCUCGACGACCCCAACGCAUUCCGCGACGCCGACGCGCAGGCUUCGGAUGACGACGAGGAGGCACCCACGCCCACCCUUACCCUUCGUGAGAAGCUCAUCAAGCUCGCGACUGGAACUGCGCCAGGCGCGAAGGCCACGUCGGGCAGCCCAACCGCCCGUCUCAAGGUUCUCCUCAUCGCCGCCUUCCUCACGCUCCACUCGCUCAACCUCGUCACGACUCUUACUGCCAAGACUGCUCUCGGACGACACAUCGACCACUCGGCCUCGACCUCGCACAUCCCGCACAUCGACACGUCGAACCCGGUCCUCUCGUCGACGCUCCUCCAGCUCGUUGCGGCGCACGAGGCGGGCACCAAGCUCCUCGUCCACAUUGUCCCUGCCCUUCACUUCCACGCCGUCGACCGCACGCUCCCGCCCGCUCCCGCAGUCUCGACCGCUCAAGCAGCACUUCCGCACUUGACCGCCGCGACAGGCUCCUUCGGCUCGAUCGACCAGUUCUUCACCCGCUGGUCGCGCCUCGUCGGUGACCCCAUCGUCUCGAAGUGGAUCGUCAUCGCACUCGGCCUCUCGCUCUUCCUUAACGGCUACCUCCUCAAGGGUAUCGCGUCGGGCUCUGACAGCUUCGGACACGGAUCCGCUGCCGAAGUCGCAGCUCGCAUCCUCCUCGCCAGCACCGGAUCGGACGUCGACAAUGACGAUGACGAGGCGGCCAAGGCUCGUCUCCGCCGCUCGUUCUCGCUCUUGCGGGAAGAGCUGCAGAACGAAUGGACGCAGAAGGACGCGGCGGUCAUGCAGCGCGAGUAUGCCCGGCACGAGCUCAAGGCCGAGCGUGAGGCGGGCAAGACGGCUCCAACGGUAGUCAAGGUCUCGGCGGCGAAGCCUCGUCGCGACAGUGACUCGUCUGACGAAUCGGCGCCUGGCUCGCCCAUCCUCAUCCGCACUCGCAAGGCUCUCAACGGCGCACCGUCCUCGUCGACCCUUACCGUCCCUUCGACCGACGAGGUCACCGCCCCGCAGCUCAAGCUCUCGCCUUCGACCGUCGCCCUCGUCUCGCAGAACGGCAUUCCCGACACCCCUCGCGACCUCGACACCUGCGUCAAGAUCUUCAACGGCGGUGAGGGAGCGAUGCUCCUCAACGACGAGGAGAUCAUCACCCUCGUCCAGAAGGGCAAGCUCGCCGCCUAUGCGCUCGAGAAGCUUCUCAAGGACUACGUCCGCGCCGUCUCGAUCCGCCGUGCUCUCAUCUCGCGCGCCUCGGCUCGCAAAACCCUCGAGGCGUCCGACCUGCCGUUCCUCCACUUCGACUACUCGCGCGUCAUGGGCCAGUGCUGUGAGAACGUCGUCGGCUACAUGCCCAUCCCCGUCGGUAUCGCGGGACCGCUCCGAAUCGACGGCAACGUCCUCCCCAUCCCGAUGGCUACGACCGAAGGCGCGCUCGUCGCCUCUACCUCGCGUGGUUGCAAGGCCCUUAACGUCUCGGGCGGCGUCACGACCGUCGUCACGCAGGACGCGAUGACCCGUGGCCCGGCUCUCGACUUCCCGAGCGUCAUCAUGUGCGCCGCCGCCAAGCGCUGGGUCGACUCGGACGAGGGCAGCAACAUCCUCAAGGCCGCGUUCAACUCGACUUCGAGAUUCGCCAGGCUCAAGAGCCUCAAGACUGCCAUGGCUGGUCGCACGCUCUUUGUCCGCUUCGCCACCCAGACUGGCGACGCGAUGGGCAUGAACAUGAUCUCCAAGGGCUGCGAGCGCGCUCUCGAUGUCAUGAUGACGGAGCACUUCCCCGAGAUGAAGAUCGCGUCGCUCUCGGGCAACUACUGCACGGACAAGAAGCCGGCCGCGAUCAACUGGAUCGAGGGACGAGGGAAGAGUGUCGUCGCCGAGGGCAUCAUCCCUGGCGAGGCGGUCAAGUCGAUCCUCAAGACGACCGUCAGCGACCUCGUCCGCCUCAACAUCACCAAGAACCUCAUCGGCUCGGCGAUGGCCGGCUCCGUCGGCGGCAACAACGCCCACGCGUCCAACAUCCUCACGGCCAUCUACCUCGCGACCGGCCAGGACCCCGCCCAGAACGUCGAGUCGAGCAACUGCAUGACGCUCAUGGAGGCCAUCAACGACGGAAAGGACCUCUUGAUCACCUGCUCGAUGCCGUCGAUCGAGGUUGGCACCGUCGGAGGCGGCACCAUCCUCCUCCCGCAGGCCGCCAUGCUGGACAUGCUCGGCGUCAAAGGUCCGCACCCGACCUCGCCCGGCCAGAACGCGCAGCAGCUCGCUCGCGUCGUCUGCGCCGCCGUCAUGGCCGGCGAGCUCUCGCUCAUGUCGGCCCUCGCGGCCGGCUCGCUCGUUCAGAGCCACUUGGCGCACAACCGCUCGGCACCUGCGACGCCUGCCGCCCAGACACCCCAGAUCGGCUCGCGCGCCGCGACGCCUGUCUUGAACGGCACGCAGCGCCUCGCGCCGUUGACGGUGACCAAGGGCAAGGACUAG